CGCUUUUGAUAAGAAACCACGAUUUGUUCAUUGGAAAACAGCAAUCGUUAUUGAGCGGGCACAAAAAUUCGGAAAACUAUAUAAAACCGAAAAGGUUUGCCCAAACAACGUAUUAUAGGUCAAGUAGCUGUAAACGGGUGCACACAUAAUUUUCAGUUUCGAUAAAAACCGAUUACCAUAAGGUUUUGUUAAAAACGCAUAAAAAUUUGUAUCGAGUUACCACACAUAAGUUUUCCUCAAGCAAGUUCAUUCUACAUCGGUUUAUCAGUUGUGCAGGAGCAAUGGCGUUCCAAAUACCAGGAAAUUUUUUGGGACAAGCGAAAUCCUUUCUACCUAACUUAUCAACCACACCGACGGUAGAAAAUCCACCAGAAAGCGGUAAUAUAUUGCAAAGUGCAGUAAAAGGUGCUAACAAUACGCUACUUGGCUUAUUCAAUACCGGAGCAAAUGUAUUAAAAGCACCCGCAACAUUAGUAAAAGGAGCUGUUCAAACGACAGGUAACACAUUGGACGCAACAGUGACAGGUGUUAACGAUACCUUGCACAAUCUAUUCGGUACCGGCACAAAUGUAUUGCAAGCACCUGGUACGUUAGUUAAAGGAGCUGUCGACACGUCAGGCAGCGCAUUGGACAAAACAGUGACAGGUGUUAACAACACCUUGCACAAUUUAUUCGGUACCGGCUCAAAUGUAUUGCAGGCACCUGGUACUUUACUUAAUGGAGCUGUCGACACCUCAGGCAGCGCAUUGGACAAAACAGUGACAGGUGCUAAAAACACCUUGCACAAUUUAUUCGGUACCGGCUCAAAUGUAUUGCAGGCACCUGGUACUUUACUUAAUGGAGCUGCCGACACCUCAGGCAGCGCAUUGGACAAAACAGUGACAGGUGCUAAAAACACCUUGAACAAUUUAUUCGGUGCCGGCACCAAUGUAUUGCAAGCACCUGGCCAGGUACUUAACGGGGCAGUACCCACAUCCGGAAACGUAUUGGACGCAACAGUAACAAGUGCUAAUGAUACAUUGCACAAUAUAGUUAAUGCAGGGGCAAAUAUCCUGCAAACGCCCAGCACGGUACUUAAAGGAGUAGUACCCUCACCAGAUUCCACCAAUUUACUGGACUCGACAGUGACAAAUGUUAACAGUACCUUACACAAUAUUUUAAAUACUGGUGGGACUAUAGUAAAACCGCCUACCAAUCUUAUUAAUCAGGUAGUACCUACACCAGGUACUAGUAACAUAAUUGAUCAAACCAUUUCAACUAUUAAAACAACUGCUAACAAUUCAAUCAACGCGGCUACGGACAUAUUUAAAAAUAUUUUAUCUCCUACAAGUACCGUAAUAUCAACGAGUCGUCAAUCGCACGUUACAGUAACAACUAUAGAAGAUGGUGACGCUACAACAGACUUUGUCACUGAACCGACAUUGAUCGACUCUACUACAGAAAUAUUCACUAGAGUUAUUGACUCAAAAGCAACAACUACAAAACUAAAGGAAGCAGUUUCAACUAUAAAUAGUUUGAUCACAAAACCUGUUACCCAGGAAUCCACAUUGACGCACGGAUCAGGAGGUACUACAGAAAAUACCGGUACCGCAUUCUCGAGUAACGUGACAUCUACCAUAUCAACAGUAACAAACAAGAUUUUAUACAAUAAUGACAUAAGUGGCAAUGGUGCAGCUAUGCAACCUGGAGAAGAGAAGGAGAUAAUCAUAUACAUUGUCAUCGGAAUUGUGAUUGGAAUUUUGAUUCUCGUUGGUGUGACAUCUUGUUACAUUUACAAAAAGAAGAGGCACAGCAAGACAUACACAGCGUAUCAAAUUAACCCGUUGAAGGAAUUUAGUCGCACCAAUGAAUAAUUUUUGUUGCCUCACGAGCAUUAACAAAAUCUGCCAAAAUGUACGAUUGCAAUAUUAUUAAUAUUCUUAAAUGAUGUUAAGCUUGUUACGCACGGGGAGCCUUUUUAUUAUAUUUAUUAUAGCUAAAUAGUGAAACGAAAUAUAUAUUAUAGUAAGUACACCCACAGACGAUAUACCAGAUUGCUCAUCUGCAAGAAAAGUGUAACAUCUCAAAAAGCAACUUUUUUCACUAGAGACAAAAAUGGAUUUUUUAGAUUUUAAUUCAAUUGUAAGUUUUAACCGGUAACUCCUAAAAUUUACAAAUUAAAAAUGAGGAAUAUGGAUAAAUUAAUGUUUCUAAUUGUGUAAAAACUAAAACAAAAAACUAUGAUAUCUGAUUUAACAAAGAAAAAAAAAAAGAUAAAAUUUUGAAUUAUGUCACUUUUCCUUUAAAAUAUUGGUCACUUUUUUAUCACUAAUGAAAAAUACCUAGGACACUUCUCAAUUUACAACGGUUUUCGUGACAAAUAUCGAUGCGUUCACGUCGAACGUCAGAGCAUAACCUCAAAAGUGUCAUUAUGCCGAAAUAAAAAUAUUCAUUUUAUCGCCAAAUGAAUAAUGACACUUUUCCUAGUAAAAGUGUAGUAUUUUGGGAGUCAAUUUAACAACAGAAUUGGGAUUAUGCAUCUUUUCGAGUUGUGUCACUUUUCUUCCGGAUGAGUGAGAUAUUUUUUUUGUCAUCUAACGAUAAAUACUUGAACUAUAAACGUAACAUUUUUUGAGAUAACAUUUUGUAGUCUUCUUAAACUGUUGGUGCAAUAAAGCCUUUUUUUGAGAUGUGACACUAUUUGAGCGGAGGUGCGAUAUGUCCUAAUAUAAACAUAAAAUAUCGCUCGACGCUUAAACAUAAAAUAUUCGAGAUACUAAUAGGAUAUAUCGCACCUAUAAAAAUAUUUAUAGUUUCGUGUAUGCAGGCUCACGUUCACUCAUUACUAUAAAUAGUGAACGAUAUUUCUGAUAUAUAUGAGAUAUUAUAUUAUAGUAUAGCUCUCCUUGCGUAACAAGCUUUACGCCUUAUAUCUGUAUAAUACCAGAGGUUGAGAAUCUUUAUAUUAAUUGGGAAUCAGAUCUUGGCUACAAUUAAAAGACUCAUUUCUGUAUUUCCAUAAAUCCAUAAAUAUAUUUUUACAAGUGUCUGAUUGCAUUUAUUAUGAAUUUGGGACAAUUAUGAUAAACUACACAUUUUAUAUUACAAACUGUGCAACUGUUUAUAUAUUUAAUCAAUUUCAUAUAAAACAUAAUGUAUGUAAUGUAUGUAAUAUUUAACAUGUAACACGUUAACAUAUUCUUAUAAAAAUAUCUAUGAGUUAUGUAUUUCAUUUCUUAGGCAAGCUGAAACUUUUGUGAUCACUGUAAUAUAUUUUUUAACAUAUA